AAAUUAACCUAAAAAAUUUAUUAUUAUGUCCGCAAAACCCGUUCUGCGCGGAUCGCAACGUUACAAAGAAGGCGAGAAACGAAGAAUCGUCGAUGAAACAUCCCGAAAAAGGCGGCAUAAAAAGUUUUUGGAGAGUCUUGAAAUGGAUAAUUUUCACGAUGAUCCUCACGCCGAUUUAGUCAUGAGUAAAAAGUUGCCGAAAUUUGAGGAUAAUCUUGAGUCGAGAACGAGAAGUAAAAAGAAGGAACGUAACCCCGAGUAUUAUCCUUUAAAGUAUCGGAAAACGUUUCAACAACUAAUUGAGGAUGAUCGGAAAGAAGCCGAAGAAACGGGGAGGAUUUCUUUUGGAUCUAUCACCGUGGAAGACUCCCAAUUCCCCCCGUUAUCUUUUUGUGCAGUGUGCGGAUUCUAUGGAAACUAUAUUUGUGUUGCGUGCGGAACGAAAUUGUGUAGUAAUAAGUGUUUGGAUACUCAUUAUGAAACUCGAUGUCUAAAAUGGACUGUUUAAAAUAGAUUUUUUUAAAAUAAU